GGAGAAGGGGCCGCAGCCGCAGCCGCCUCGGAGCUCUGAGGAGCUGGAGGAUCUGCACAAGCUGCUGCACUUCCCCGAGGAGGUGGCGCUCAGGUUGACGGAGAGCGAGUACCAGCUGUUCUACCAGGUACCACCGCACGAGUACCUAAGGCACGUGGCGCAGGAUCAGACCACGCAGAAACCUGCCAGGCCACCCCCGUCGCCGAGUCGCAGCUGCAGCAACCCCAGCACCACUAACAGCUCGACCCAGACCGAGGACGAAUCCUCUUGGCCUGUCGCCACGGUAUUCUCGAACGUGCAGAUCCUCAUCAAUCGUUUUAAUGAGGUAAGCUCAUGGGUCACCCACACUGUCACCAGCGGUGCUACGAUCGAGGAACGGCAGGCGGUGCUAUCCUGUCUUCUACGCGUCGCGCAAACCUGUUGGAACACCGGGAACUUUAAUUCAGCAAUGGAGAUAAUCGCCGGUCUGAAGUCCAACAAGCUGAACCCGUUCUGGAACAUCGUGAGAGAGCCCAUACCGGUUCUGGACAAUCUCUCCAAAGACCUUCUGUCUUCCGAAUAUGAGUUUGCGCUUGCCCGCGCUCUCGCGAUGCCGGAAUGUCCGGUGGUGCCGUUCUUCGGGGCUUUCCUGCGCGAGUUACGGGACGUUAUCGCGCACGAAACGAAGCCUCAGCCGGAGUUCAGGGAAAAUCGCGAGCCGCCACGUGGUAUCGUUAAGGAGAGCGAACCUCUUGAACACGUGCCUUCGUCUGCGCCGACCGCAAGGAUCACCAUCGAGAGUAACACAGAAGCGCCGUCGGGAUGGAGUUCGAGAAGCGGCUCCUUGAACAAACCGGAGAACCCCGUCGUGCACGACACGAAUUCCGUUCUUGACAAAGUCGCGCUCUUCCACAAGCACCGGCAUGCCCGUGGCAGAGACGCGACUACCGGGUCCCUUCAUCGUACCCUCAGCGUUCACACGACCGCGAUCGAGCAAACCUACAUGGCGGAGGAAUGCGACGAGAACGACUAUCAUCUCGAUCUGGACUCCUACAAGCCCGUGCAGCCGAUCAAGUACGAUCAUGUAGUCACUCUGUUCCCCGUCGCCGCGCCACACACCGGCAUGGAUCUUCACCUACUGCAGAUGCUGCAUCACGGUACAACUCUGGUGCACUGGGACUGCGAGGGCGGCACCUCGAGGACGGCGUUGGUGUUCGCGCGCGUCGAUCGCGCCUGUGGCACUUUCAUAUGGGAGAAACCGGCCUGGAGUCCCCUGAAAACGACGCAGGUCGGCGGUGCCGCCCUUACGGAAUUUUCGCUGAGCGUGAAACCGGAGGACAUGAUGCCAGCGGGCCUAACCAGCAGGUACACGCAACAGCAGGCUGACUGCGCUUCCGUUACCCUGGAGGAGGGAUACCUGGACCUGGGAUCGGUAAAGGAGAUAAUGAUUGGCUGCUGCGAACGCGACCGAGAGGCCGAUCUCAGGAGCAUCUGCAAGAGAUACGGCCUACCUGGCUCCGACUCCUGUAUCGGCCUCAUGUAUGGAUCCAGCCUUCCGGACAAUCGACUGAUCUUCCUACUUUGCCCUCCCGCCCUUAGCAAAAUAUGGUAUAUGGGAUUGUGUUGGAUAUUGCGAGGCCUCAAACGACAGCAACAGCUAACGGAUCGUAGAUCCCGCUGGCUGAAGGACAAGUAUCUUCAGCUGUACUUCGAGGAGAACGGCUCGAGCCCGAUCACGGCCGACGCGAUACGCAUCUUCGGCGGUCGCGACUGGUCGUCGCUGACGGAGAGCGCCGGCACGCUGUCGCCGACGAGCAGCAGCACCUUGCGCAGACGAAACGUCAAAGGCAAAAAGACCAAAUCGAUCGGCAACAUUCACGUUUUGACCAAGGACAUGAGUCAGAAGUACGACUCCUCGGACGGUCUAGCCACCCUCCGUCACAUCGCCGGUAGCAGAGAAUCCCUCACGAGGAUCAUACCGGCGUCACCGCGAGCAACCAGAGACCGAAUCCCGCCCCGUAGUCCGCCCGGCUCGGCCGAGCGUAUUGUCUCUUCCAACCUGCCUUACUCCACCUUUCAAAGUCUGUUAUGUGUCGCCAGAGAAAAGGACAAGAACGGAGCGGGUGGCAUACCGGGAGGCUCGGAGGCCCCUUGGCAGGUGAAAGCGCAACACACUUCGAUUAUGUACGAGACGCAGUUAAAUUUCGUGGAGUUCGUGGCGCUUUUCCGUUCGUUCAGUUUACGGGCCCGGAAGGACCUGAAGGAGCUGUUCGGUCAGUUGGCGAUCACGUGUCGUAGCCAGAGCGACGGCUCGUUGAGGGACUUCAGCAUGCGACCGGCAGUGCUCAGACAGACCAGCGACGCCACUCCGCAGAGAAUCGGCUUGCUGACGAGGAACAACUCCAUCGACUGUAACGAGUACAAGACGAACGUCAAUCUGCAGAAGAAGCAGAUCUUCGACGCCGUCGCGGCAUCGAGCAUAGUCGAUAACUGCUCCGGCGUGGAGACAUCCAAGUCCCAAGUGAUCACUUUGGCGACAUUCACGAAAUUCCUGGAAUCCCGGCAGCAGGAGAAACUAAGUGACGAGAACAUCAAGGCGCUGAUUAAGAGGCACGAACCGGACCCAGCACUUCGCACACAGUGGUGUUUGUCUUUCGAGGGUUUUGCACGGUAUAUGAUGGACAAGGACAAUUAUGCCUUCCCGAACGAGUACGCGACACCAUCCGAGACUGAGAUGCAACAACCGCUGUCGCAAUAUUACAUCGCCAGCUCUCACAACACUUAUUUGACCGGGCAUCAGCUCAAAGGGGAGUCCUCCGUGCAAUUGUAUUCACAGGUACUUUUAACCGGAUGCCGCUGCGUAGAGCUCGACUGUUGGGACGGCGACGACGGGUCCCCGCUGAUUUAUCACGGUCACACAUUCACCACCAAAAUACCGUUCCGAUCGGUGGUGGAGGCGAUCGAUCGAAGCGCAUUCGUUUGCUCCCCCUAUCCCGUGAUCCUUUCCAUCGAGAAUCAUUGUUCGCCGAACCAGCAGGCUCGCAUGGCCCAAAUAUUUCAGUCCGUUUUUGGUGAGAAAUUGGUGACGAAAUUCCUCUUCGAGACCGACUUCAGCGACGACCCGCAGCUACCGUCACCGUCGCAGCUCCGUUACCGGAUCUUGAUAAAGAAUAAGAAGCUAGUGGUCGACCCUACCGGGCCCUUGUCACAUGUGCCCCUCAGUCAUCGCGGGAAAAUGCUGAUGUCGGAUCGCGCGUCCUCGAUGAAGCAAAUGCGGACCGAUGUCAGCAGCACGUCGGUCGUCGAGUACUUCAGCGAGGACGAGGACGACGAGGAGGAUGACGACGAGGAUGACAAUAUCGACGAUAACUCGAUCUCGAGCUACGAGAGGUACCUGGGCGGCAGCCAAGUGCCGCACUGCCGCUUAAAAUUGGACCCGGCGGUGGAUGACAAAUCGCAGAAGCAGAGCAGCCAGAUAGCCAAGGAGCUGUCGGACCUGGUGAUCUAUCUGCAGGCGAUCAAAUUCCGCGGAUUGAACACCACGCCCGGCACGGCGGUACCGGGGAAAACACGCCACCAGUCGCACACGGGACCGGUGCAGAGGCACAGUAUCGCCGGUAUAGGACCCAGCAGCAUAGCUUCCUCCUCGGGAUCGCCGCAGUCGCUUUCGACGUCCGCCUCGCUCGCCAGCGGCGGCAGCAAUAUCGAUAAUCUCUUCAGAUCUACUCGCGGAGUGCCGGCCUGCUUCCAAUGUUCGUCUCUGAACGAGAGCACGGCGAAGAAGAUCUGCAGGAAGCAGCCGCUAGGAGUAGUCGCCCAUGCGGAGACUCAACUCAUUCGAACGUACCCCGCAGGAAUGCGUAUCGAUUCCACAAAUUUCAAUCCUGUAAUAUUCUGGGCCUUCGGAAUUCAAAUGGUCGCGUUGAACUAUCAGACCGACGAUACGGGAUUGAAUCUGAACUCGGCCAUGUUCGAGCAAAAUGGUCAAUGCGGAUACGUGAGGAAACCUUCAGUGAUGUGGGACAAAGGACAUAUGAUGUAUAGGCGGUUCAACCCAUGGGACAAGGAGUUCGACGGGCUGCACUCGGCACACUUGAGUCUGUCAAUAGUCUCGGGACAAUAUGUCUCGUCGACCAACUUCCUCACCAGUACAUACGUCGAAGUGGAGCUGGUUGGUAUACCGAUCGACUGCGCGAAGCACAAGACGAAAGUGAUCCAGAACAACGCGGUGAAUCCGAUCUGGAACGAGAAGUUCUGCUUCCAAGUGAUGUUCAAGGACCUCGCCUUCCUGCGUUUCGGCGUGGUCGAGGCGAGCUCGCACCAUCUGAUCGCGCAGCGCGUUGUACCGCUGAAAUGCCUGCGACCUGGUUACCGGCACGUGCGACUACGUUCCUGCAAGAACAAGCCGUUGGCUCUGUCCACCCUCUUCAUCUAUUCGCGAAUGGAGGAAGAGAGCCUGGACUACAACACCUGCUGCCGCGACCACAAGGAGUCGUCGAAGCGUCUCUCGUCGGGAAAAGAGCCCGAGAAACUCAGCACCGUCGAUCCCGGCCUGGGAGGCGUCACCCUGAAGAGACGGAUGUUCUUCCUGAUGGUCUACCACGUGAUACCGGAGGAGCCCUACACCAUCCUCAAGGUAACCCAGGAGAGCACCACGCAGGAGGUGAUGCUGCAGGCGUUGCAGAAGGCAGGGAUCUCGCCCGACCACGUAGACGAGUACAUUCUGGUGGAAGAGGUGUUUCGUGGGUGGGAGAAGAGGGACAGGGAGGAGCUGCCGACCCAACGCGUGCUGGACCCUACGGAACACCCGCUUCAGGCGCAGGCCCAGUGGAAGGGCCAAGGUCGCUUCCUUCUGAAGCGAGUGGGCGACGACCCGAGCAGCAGGGCAUGGUUGGCCUCCAUCAGAAGCACGGCCGGCCAUUCGAAGCUCAACGACUCCAAUUCAAGGGACCAAUCCACCCACAUAUGGGACGAGGCGGACACCUUUCUCGUCUGCAUCUACAACGUGUCACCCGAGAUCCCUUACGCGAUCCUACGCGUGCCGGUGAGCAGCUGCGCCCAAGACGUGUUGGCGCAAGCCCUGGUGAAGGCUCGGAGAAUGGAGGACCCGAUGAAGUUCGCCCUGGUCGAGGAGCUGGAAUGGGGUGGCGCGGGCGCCGUGGGCAGCGGGAACCGGCAACUGAGGGUGCUGCGCGACGACGAGAACGUUUACAGCACCCAGGCGUUCUGGAAGACCCUCGGCAGGUUCAUCAUGAGGGAACGAGAGCAGGCCAUCCCGAGGAUGCGACACCUCCUGCCGGCGACCCUCGACAGACUCAGCAAGGGAUUCUCCGUGGGCAGAUCGGUGUCGCUGCCGGGGUCCAGCAAGGAGAAGGUGCCGGUUUCGGGGGUACUGUCCGACCCGACCUCGCGAGGUUUGAGAUACCGAUUACCGGGACGAUGGCAGAUGUCGGGACGCAGGCACCGCGAGGUCCACUCCGACGGCGAGGACACUCGCGAGUCCGACAUACUGAACGCCGCUCUUCACCUGAAGAAAGUGUCGUUAAGGAAACUGACAGUUUGGAAGUCAUAGUGGCAGUCAAGGGCGACGUCGAUAUCAUCGAUCUUCGCCGCUCGGAGAAGCCAAUUGUAAGCACGUAGUCCAAUUACCCGAUCGGAAUCUAGUCCUCAUCUAGUCCUGAUCCUGCGAUAACGAUUCUAUGCCGAUCCCGUCGAGCUGCGGUCGCGGGUAGGGCCUGGCUAGGGAAAUCGAAGGACGUCGCGCUGUGAGGAAUCCUCCACGGUGGAAGCGUCACGACGUCCCGACAAGUUGUACGAUCGGUAGGUCUUUCGAAAGCAGAGAAACUCGACGGGACACGAUCGAUAUAGUCGAAUACGAUCUCACCAAAGAAGGAAAACCGAGCGUUUUCUUAUCAUCGAGAGCUCACGGCGACAUUGAGCGUGAGCGGAUACGAUCCCGAACAUGUAGCGGGCGUGUGUGGUUCCUUCAGGGAACAGAGGGAUCCUUCGGAAGGCACCAAUGUCCGGGAAAAUAACGCGACACACGAAAACUCGAUCACCCCUGCGCGAUGCUCGAAUACGAAGUCGCCGUAGAGUCGGCGUCAGCAGGCUGGGUGAUUACCGCGAGAAAGAUAGUCGCGACGAAGACCACUCGAUCGCGCCGUCAUUUUCAGGAAUUUUUUAAAAGUCUCCGCACAUAGCACGUCGGUCCCGCAAGCAGCCGGUGACGAUCACACGAUCAUUAAGUGGUAGAGGCGACGAUUCUUCAGUCCCCCCUUGAGUUCGCCGACACGACCGCCGUGAUCGCGCAUCAUCGUAGUCGCGGCAAACGGGAGUUCUUAUUUCGCGCAGCGUGGCGGUAAAUUUGUCAGACGGCGGACGGCCGCGUCUGAUCGGCGCGCUGGCGCGUCGGAGAAGUUAGCGCCACGUCUCGCCUGAUUUUAUUAUUUUUGUACAACGAAUAAUAAGGGCGGGAGGGAGCGUGGGAGACCCGCGGCUGUCCACCCUCAACGGGUGAUCGCUCGCGAUCUCGAAAGAAACUUUGCCAAAACAACGUACGAUUCUAACGAGCGUGAAUCUAAGAUCAGAGACGUUCGCGUGUAGACGCAUUGGUCGGAAAGUGCUUCUCGUUUUUCAGCGUGCUUUCCGCUCGGGAAAAGGCGUCGGAAAGAUAUCGUCCACCCGCUCGAUGUAUCGACGGGGAAGAAUUUCUUGCCCGGCGAGUUUCUGGCGAAUUGUUUGCUAUUACAGUGACGGCGAAAGAGAUCUGUUAAGAGUAUUCAUUCCGAACCAUGCCGACUGAAUUGUAUUGCUGUCGCAACGACGUUUUCGCUACAACGGCAACAUGAUUUUUCCCCGGUGUAAGAAAUCUCUUUACCGCCACCGCAGUGAGAAACAGUUUGCUGUGCCGGCGAUAAAAUCGUUCCCCGUGUCUCCGUAGGAAUUCGCAGCUUCAUGCGACUUCUCGUCUCUGUCUUUCUCUCCUCCAUUUCGCAUCAAGUCGGCAAGUCGCGUCUUUAUCGUUUCAACGUCGUACCUGAACGUUUUACAUUGAUACGAGUUUACGCUUUCGGCGCGAAAGCCCUCUGUGACGAAGUUAUAUGUCGCUGUUAUAUCGUUCUCACUUCGUUCACACUUCGCUCUAUUCAAACGUUCGAACGAUCACUUUUCGUUUCUCCGUCUGAUCGAUCAUGUGAUAAAGGAGCCCGGGUAGAAUUCGGUGAGAGAGAGAGAGAGAAAGUGCAUCGUAAAAGUAUAUUCGACACGAAUAUUGCUAACGUAAAGACCAUAUUUACUAUAUAUUGUUAACGCUAGAGGGUAGAUCGAUGUUGCAUUCUCGAUUACCGUCCCUCUCUCCUAACUGUUUAGCGAACGUAUACAUAUGACAUAUAUAUAUAUACAUAUAUAUACACAUUACGUAGUGAUUGUAAAUAUAUACGAGACCAAGGGGUGUCGAAAUGGAGAAAUUCGCGUUCGAGUGUGUGUGUGUGCUAUGCUAAAUCGCGCUGUUCAAUUAUUUUUUCACGCGAGAGAGACCGCGCGCGCGAACGGGCGCGCACCUCGCGCGGUCGACGCGCGUCCGAGAAGCCGGCAGCCUAAUUUUCCCGAAGCUAAUUCCGCUAUUUUUUAAUUGAAUAACGUUAAUUAAAUAACGGGAGAAACAAAAUACCGGAAUCACACGUCGCACGCCAGUGAGGUCGCGAAUAGCCUUGCCCCGUCUUCCAGUUGCGAGUCGUUCUAGAUAUUUUAUAUAUUUUCGAGACGCCCCCGCCGACUGAUUUUUUAGAAGCUGUCUACACUGAUGUCGAUCGGCGCGAAAACGCCGGGAUUUUUUAAUGCCCACUCGAGGGAGAAAGAUGUAUUCGCGAAUCAUAUCCCGAUACCCCCCUAAGAUACUUCGCGACGUCACUGGGGGGAGCUCUGUAUAUUUUUGGAUGCUACUUCCUUCACGCUGGUGUUUACCUCCGUAUCUCCGAAAAAAUACGUAAUCACAUAUCUCCACGAGAGACCAAUGAGCAAACGCGAGCAGGCGGAAUAAGUGAUAAGGGACGAACAUGUAGGCCAACUAUAUUUAUACGUAUAUCUCUCCCCAAGAAUAAUACGAAGAAGAAGAAGGUAAUGAUGAUGAUGAAGAAGCAGAGGAACAAAAGAGGAAACAAGAGGAAAUGUCGUUCGAUAAAGUAAUUUCCAUUAGGGGCGUAGAUCGGCACUGCGUGAACGUGACCGUCGUACCUGCCAGCGAUCGGAAGGCGCGAUCCAAAUUGGCCCGCAAUGUCGAAUCACCGAGAACACACGGGAUACGGGUCGCACCGGUGUUUGCAGUUUGCCCAGGUAACGUCGAAUCGCGAUCACCCGUAUCGUAGAGUCAUCCUCGCAGAUACGUAGAUCGAGCUGGCCGUCGCGUCUGAUCCGACGACCGUGUCGUAUUUACUCACGACAAUAUUGCGAGCACGUUGUAGGGCGCGACCCACGCGUGUCGCUUCUCAGAAAAUAUGUCGCCCGCUGCCCACUCGCAAACCCUCGGAUAAUAUUUCUACAUUUGUGACGAAACGAAAAAGGAAAAAAAGGACGGAACGCCCUUCGAUUAGCGUAUUCGCCGUUAUACUCUCUUCUUCCUCUUUCUAUCUUAUUCCGUUGUCUUCUUGAAAGACGUUCGCGUCCACGGGAGCCUAAGAAUACGUUAGAGUCCCGUUGUAGUUGGUCGAUAUUUAAAUCAAUCCGGUCGUCUCGUGUGUACGAGCGAACGAUCGCGACGCAAAUUGACGUUCCCCGAGUGUCGACGAUCGGUCGGGAGAACCGAUGUUCGCGAACCGCGAACUUGGCGAGUACAAUACAAGCAUAUAUAUUAUACGUGUACUUUACGGUACUUUGCGGUUAAAAGCAGCAAUUAGAAGCAAGAGCAAAGUGUAUCCCGGUAAAUACGCCGCAGCAGUAUUUCUUUAAUAUAUACACGUAGAAAGAGAGAGAGAGAGAGGGAGCAGCAUCUCUUGUGGAACGUUAUGUACAUAAGCAGUAACGAACAAUGGCUACUAAUAACGAUAAUUAAUUAUUGUAAUUAAUAUUCGACGCUCCUUGGACCUCCGGCUAAACCCCCCACAUCGUGAGAAUCAUCGACUAAACGGACGAGGGUCUUAUCGGCCGUUACUUCUCGGUUGCAACCGGUGACCGUUCGUCGUUGUGCCGCCGCAGAACGUUACAACGAGCUGCCGGCGUACGAGUGAGAGAUUCGCGUCCGACGAGCAUGAACGUUGUCGAAAAUUACGCGAUUCCCCGCGUAAACGGCCGAUUAAAAUCGGGAAUUUCCCUGCGAGAUGUCAAUUCUGUUGCAACGCGCGAUAAUUAAUAUAGUUGAAAAAAAAAAACUUUUUCCCCCUUUUCUUUAAAGUGACCGAAAAAACUGCGGAAAAAUGGAUUUUUUCGAGUCUUUAAAAUUAUAAUAAUUAAUUCAUCGCGUUUUCACCUUUUUACGCGAAAUCAUGUGAGUCAAUUUUGUCUCGUCGCAGCGAGAUCAAAAAGUGGUUGAAUCGAAAUAUGACGGUCAACGAUGGAGGUAUUUUACGUCAGAGAUAAUCGUGUGAUUGUUUCGUUAACUACAUCGCCCGUUGUUAUAGCCGUCGAAUUAAUUACUUCAGUUCUAAAUUUUCUUCGACGGCUCGUUCUGAGAACCGGUGUAUUAUUUGACGUUUAAAUUAAAGAUUUGUUUGAUUCCAUGAUGCAACGCGCGACAGACGACAGAAUUUUACCGUUAAAGCGACCGCGAAGAUUGCGCAUUCUCGGCGAAUAAAAGGAAAUAGCCCGCGGCAUUUUUUCGCGUUGCGUAAUAAAUAUAAAAUCACAGAGACGCACGUAGCAUAUCAUUCCAAUGAAAUUCUACGACUGAAACUCGACAACGUCCACGCUCGACGGACCGACUUCCUUCCCUUCCCUCUUCGUGGCCGACUCCGAAGGGCUCGUUGGACGCAUCUGAAGGGUGGCUAUCGCGGAUUGAGCGGCGCGCGCACGAAACGACUAUUUCUUAAUAUUUUUGGGACCACUCUGAUUAAGGAUUCUACUGAGCGAGCUCCCCAUCGAGGAGCCGAACCUACGUAAACGAUGCAGUAUUAAGGCGGCUCCUUCUUCCUCUUCUCCGUCGGCCACGAACGGCCCGGAUGAAGAAGGAGCGGAAGGAGACGAUGGAGCGCGGAGAGAUCGACAGGAACACAACAGAGAUCGAACGGUGAAUUAUCCUCGAGGAGGUCGUGCGAGAAGCCAA